AUGCCACCGAGCAGCCGAGGAGUAGCAGCUGUGAAGGCCGCGAACAGGAAACCAAGUUGUCCAAUAUCUCCAAUGAUAUUGUCUCUGAAACUCUGGGUGCUAGCUUUUGUCAACAACUUUGCAUAUCUGCCGGCACUUGGCACCCGAGGUGGUGUACUCAUUGCGGCAUCCUCUGACCACUACACCAUCACCCCACAACCUCUGCUUAUUGGAGCUUAUUCCGUCAGUGUGCUUGUUACUGAACUCGCCUCCAAUGCUGUUUGGUCUUUAACUGGCGUCUAUGGCCCCCAAGAAGAUGCUGACAAGAUCCUUUUCCUCAACGAAAUGCGUGCGCUGCAGCCCAUGUGUAAACAGGAGUGGAUAAUCAUGGGCGAUUUCAACCUCAUUAGCAGAAUGGACGAGAAGAGCAAUGGCAACGUCAACCUUGCGAUGCUGAGACGGUUCCAGGCUGCCAUAGAUAAUCUGAACCUCAAGGAGCUCCCCCUCAUUGGUCGCCGUUUUCACCUGAACUUCAGCAAUCAAAAGUUCUCUGGAUUCCGCUUUGAGGCUUGGUGGCCUAAGGCGGCAGGCUUCCAAGAGACUGUUUCUGAAGCCUGGAACAAGCCGCUUGAUAUUGCCCAGGAAAGCCGUAACCUGUCACCGGAGGAGUUUGAGCUACGACGACUUCUCAAGUCUAGGCUGCUCGUCUUCGCGGCACUUGAACGCAUCAAGUGGCGCCAACGAUCUCGGCUGGUCUGGAUAAGGGCCGGUGACGCCAACACCAGACUUUUUCACUUGCGGGCAAAUGGUCGUCGGCGAAAAAACCACAUCCCCUUCCUCCACAUGAAUGGAACAGUAAUUUCUGAUAAAGAUGACAAGGCCGCGGCUCUGUUGAAUCACUUCUCUCGGAUCCUUGGCCCCCACGAUGAUGCCCCUGCCCAAACGGUGAACUGGGAUUAUUUGCAGCUACCCCGGACAAAUUUAAGUCACCUUGAUGCUCCUUUUGAUCAGGAUGAGUUGCUCAAGGCAAUCAAAGACUCCCCCUCAGAGAAAGCACCGGGGCCUGAUGGUUUUAUUGGUCUUUUUUACAAGGUUUGCUGGAACACAAUCAAAGUGGACCUCCUGGCUGCACUUAACCAACUCUCUGCCCUCAAUGCAAACUGCUGGAAUCUGCUGAACACGGCCUACAUUGCCCUCAUCCCGAAGAAAGACAAUGCCUUGCGUCCAUCUGAUUAUCGCCCCAUCAGCCUGACACAUAGUGUGGCCAAGCUACUUGGCAAGAUGCUGGCAACAAGAUUAGCUCCCGAGAUGCAACACCUCAUCUCCCACAGCCAAAGUGCUUUCCUAAAGAACCGCAGCAUUCAAGACAAUUUCCUCUACGUCCAAAACCUGAUCAGAAAUCUCCACCGAAGUAAAGAGAAGGCCAUUUUCAUCAAGCUUGACAUUGCAAAAGCGUUUGACUCUGUCCGCUGGAGCUAUCUUCUGGAUGCCCUUGCCCAGUUUGGCUUUGGUCAGAGAUUUAGAGACCUCAUCGCUCUGUCCUUGGCGUCGACUUCCUCCCGUGUGAUGCUCAACGGAACCCCUGGACCCCCCUUCUACCAUAGGCGUGGGCUGCGACAAGGCGAUCCGCUAUCUCCUUUCCUGUUCUUGCUGGCCAUCGAACCUCUACAAUCGAUCCUCUCCAAAGCCUCUGACGCCAAUAUUCUCAGCCCGAUUGCCCUCCGCUCGGCCAAGCUUCGCAUCAGCUUAUAUGCCGACGACGCAGCCCUCUUCAUCAACCCUGUAAAAGAGGAGGUGGCAUCGCUUCUAUCCAUUUUGGCCAUUUUUGGACAGAUCUCCGGGCUGCACACCAACUUCAGCAAGUCAUCUGCCUUCCCCAUCAAUUGUGAAUCUGAUGAAACUGCUUACUUGUUGGCUGAUUUCGAAGGAGAAACCCGCUGCUUCCCGUGCAAAUACCUGGGCCUUCCUCUUGGGCUGCGCAACCCGAGACGUGCUGAUUUUCAAGCUCUCAUAGACAAGAUUAUUGCUCGGCUCGCAAGAUGGAAAGGGAAACUCCUCAACAAGGCGGGCACAUCAACUCUACAAGUGUGCUCCCCAAAGAACUGUGGAGGGCUGGACAUCAAGAAUCUGGAUCUCUUCAGCAGGGCCCUUAGGAUUAGAUGGUUGUGGUUUGCCUGGGAAAGGUCCUCCAGACCAUCGAUUGGAUCCAACACACCAUGCAGCCCUACUGAUCACCAGUUGUUUAACGCAUCUACCACUGUCACCCUUGGCAACGGAGCAACGACAUCUUUCUGGUCCAACCGGUGGCUGAAUGGCUCUGCACCAAAAGAUAUUGCGCCCAGCCUCUUUCCGCUGGCUGCACGUAAAUGUGCAACGGUUGCUGCAGCAUUGACUGAUGGCCGGUGGAUGAAAGGGCUCCAGCGCCUAAACUCGCCUGACGCCCUUCAUGAAUUCAUCAACCUCUGGGGCCUCAUCCAACAUAUCACUUUAUCUAACAUUGAGGACUCCAUCUGCUGGAAUUGGACGACUAAUGGUGUCUACAGUGCAAAAACAGCCUAUAAUGCGCAGUUCUUUGGUACCAUUGCCGAGCCGGCGCUUGCAAAGAUAUGGUCAAUGAGAAUGGAGGCCAAGGUGAAAUUUUUUGCCUGGCUGUUGACGCUGAACAGGCUUCCCACUGUUGAUAGACUUCGCGCCAGAGGUGGUACGCAGGCGGCGACCUGUGUGCUAUGUGAUCAACAGCCUGAGACGGCGCUGCACCUUACUACCCAUUGCUCGUACAGCAAGGAGGUGUGGCACCUUCUUGGAACUUUCAUUCCAACGCUACAUCUGCUACCAAUGCCUCCCUUCCAGGGAACUGAAGAAUGGUGGCUCCACUUCUCCUCCAUGAGCAAACACACUGCUGCUGCCGCUGCCUACCAUGCAUGGCAUGUCCUCUAG